AUGUCGGCGUUAGUGCCCCAUCAGUACUCAGCUACUAGAGAGCCAAAGAUGAACCAGAGUUUCGCAAAGGACCCGAGUGAUAAGAAGGAGUCAUUCCUUGCUAUAGAAAGGCUUCGGCAAGUCGGGGUUGGGACAGAAGAAAUAAUUCGAUUGAAAGAGGCAGGAUUCCAUACGAUAGAGAGAAUCGCUCAUUCAGCAACGAGAGAAAUCGCAUGUAUUGAAGGAAUCGGUGAUAAGGAAGCAGAAAAUAUAUUGCAAAAAUGUAUGAAAUUUGUCGAUAUGGGUUUCUCGACUGCGUUGGACGUGUACGAGAAACGUAAAAAUAUUUUGAAGAUCCGCACCGGAUCCCUUACAUUAGAUACAGUUAUUGGCGGCGGAAUUGAAAGUCGUCAAAUAACUGAGGUUUUUGGUGAGUCUGGUGCAGGAAAAAGCCACCUCUGCCAUUCUUUGGCAGUUAUUUGCCAGCUGCCUGUGUCCAUGGGGGGAGCGGAUGGAAAAUGUAUCUGGAUCGACACGGAAGGGUCAUUCAGACCGGAGCGGUUGAUUUCUAUCGCACAGCGAUAUGGAAUAGAGGCCAGAAAGGUCUUGGAUAAUAUUGCGUUUGCCAAGUGUUUUAAUUCCGAUCAUCAGACUUCAUUACUAACCUCCGCCGGUUUCCGAAGCGUAGGUCAAAGCAGGGAGUACGGUGGUGUUGAAGAGGUGAGCACGGAGCCGGGUGUUCGAUGCUCUUAUACGCUCCCCAAGCCGCCCGUGUCUUCCUGCCCAGCUCGAGGGUUAGGUCGUUCAUCAUGCUCAAUUCCCGGCCCAGAUAAACAUUCAGCUGAAGACCUAUGCAUCCACAUGUUUCGUCGAAUUCGGUCAGCAUUCGUUCCGCUUGGCUGA